CACACAACGCUCUGUUCCGCCAGUGGCAUGAAAAGAGAGAACUUUAAGGAACUUUCACAGCGGAAAGGCAAACAUUUGAUGUGCGUAUAAGUUUGAAGGGGAGGUAUUCGGGUAAAAGGAGGUUGAGAAGUGAAGAAAAGAGAGGACAGGGGCGUACUGUGCGUAAAGUGCUGAGAAAAGAGCGAUAGGCGAAAACUAAAUAAUCGGGAAAGAGAGGCAGCUUGUGCGUUAAUCUAACGGUUUGGAAACGAGUGUAGAGCGCUCCGUAAUAUGCCUAUGGAUAAGACCUACAGCGCAAUGUGGAGAGCUGCGGUCGCUUAGAGUAGAGAGGCAGUCAGGCCGGAGUCGUAUGGCCCCGCAAUAAGGGGACGUGAUGAAUCGCGUGAAAGGGAUGCCAUCUGUUCCCAAACUCGCUCCAAAGGAAAACCUCCCGGAAGAGCGCGAGGACUCAGAGACAGAGGACGUUGAUUCGAGCGAAGCCACGCAGAUUAAAGGAUGUUUUAAAAAAACGUCCAGCCUUCUACCAUUCAGUGUCGAGGCUCUGAUCUCAGAGCGGACAACUAACCGAAUUUAUUGCUUCUCCGAACCGGUGUUAAGUCACAUCAAACCGGCUUCAGAUGUGCCUGCCUACGGGUCUAUGGACUUUUACGCUGAGAGAAGGCUUUCUCUGGGCGGUGUGACGGAGCAGGCUGACAGCAGUCAGCAAGAGACAGAGCUAAAAGAGAAGGAUGAGGAGCAUGGAUGGUAUAAAACUUCAGUUUACAGCUCUCCACCAAGGCCGCGUAGCCCUCCGUCCUGCGCCCUGAGGAAACACAAGAACAACAGAAAGCCACGAACGCCCUUCACCACUGCCCAGUUGCUCUCUCUCGAGCGAAAGUUCCGUGAGAAGCAGUAUCUGUCAAUAGCGGAGCGAGCCGAGUUCUCCACCUCCCUCCUCCUUUCAGAGACCCAAGUCAAGAUAUGGUUCCAGAACCGCAGGGCAAAGGCCAAACGGCUGCAGGAGGCCGAGCUGGAGAAAUUCAAGCUGUCCACAAAGUCUCUGUUACCAACCCUAACCUUCCCAUUUCCCCUGGGCUCCGCGGCUAUAUACGGAGCUGUUAACGGAUCUUUCACCAGGACAGAUCAGAUGCUUCCACCUGGACUGUUCAGCGGACCGGUCGCCUAUGGGAUGUACUACAUAUCCUAACGAUCACAUGAAAAUCAUAGUUGAGAAACUCUGGGAAUGCCAUCCAUUAAUUUCGUUACACACUUUUAAUUAAAACGUAUGAAACAAACCCCAGUAGGUCCAAUAAUAACCAAUAUUGCUUGAUUUCCUGCUUGAAAAUUAUGGUUGGGACCGGCCUAUAGACCGAGCUUACAACUCAAACUUUCUCUAAUAUAUUCAAGGCAAGGUUUACUUAUUUUAAAUAGGACUGUAUUGCCCAAGCCUUGCCUAAAGGGUCCAAUAACGUAUUCGGUGAUAUUUGUCCCUAUUAGAAUUUUUAUUUUAGAAUUACUCUAUAUGUGCUGUAGGCCACUUUUACAAUUAAUUUACUGAAGCAACUUAUAUACAGCAACAAAUCGUCUGUCAAAUCCAAUGAACGUCCCUGGGCCUAACAAAUAGCCGACGUCACAUGAUAAAGGGCGGGUAGGGGCCCUUGGCAAUUAUGCUACAACAACAAACCACACAACAAUAGCUUAUACACACAAUAGCAAUACAUUACUCUAGGGUUUUGGAAGCAAUUGUUGCACUUAGGAAUAUUGGACUACCUUGAUUACAUGCACAAUGUGAAUAAUAGGAGAACGAGUGGUGAAUAGUAUAAUGAGCCUACUUAGUCCUAUAAAUAACUAAAAAGGCUUUAACCGCAAAAACUGUAAUCCAUGAGGAAAAAUAAACCUACUUAUUAUGCCUUUAGACCAUUGGUAGUGUCAGCAAACUUUCUUUUCAGCUUUCAGCAAUUUUCCAUCCAGCAGAAUUUUUGUUAGUUUAAGAUCAAACAUUGUUUUUACAUAUACUAUGCAGGAGCUAUUCAGACCUGGAAAACUUCGUGGACAUUUCAUGUUAUUAAUUUUAUAUUCGACUGCAUUUUUAUGUAUUCUGUUUAAGAUAGAAAUUAUUGACAUUAAAACGUAUCUUAUUACCUAGUGCAACCACCUAACAAGUAGAAUUGGCUGGUAUUGUAUUGUAUUACCUUAUAGGUUUAUAGUUUUGGCGAAGAGUAUAGCACAUUUGUACGAUGAAUUAGAAAAACUAUUCUGUAAAACAUGAAACACUUUUUAACGAAAAUAUCUGGUGGGGUGGCUUAAUCGUCAAGAGUCUAUCGAAAUUAUUUCUAUAUCCCAUAAUCAUUAGCCAAAUUUCGCAAUUUUAAACGUUUUAACCAAAAUCCAAUUACCAAUUAACGUUUUAAAUAGCAUUUUUAUAUAUACAUAACACUUGUUAAACUCCUAAGAAUUACUCGUUGAUUUUAUUUUAUUAUAGAAUUCCAGAUGCCUAUUUAGCCUUAGUAAUAAUACCGGUAAGAGGUUUACCUCGUUGUGUAUUUAGCCUAAUGUCAGUGAUAUUUGGAUAAUUAAAUACAUUUUAAACUACAUUGUUAUUAUAGUUUAACUUCACAUGAAGUAAUGAAAAUAACUCCUAAUAUGCAGAUCUAGCAGGAAUAAAACGUAUUCUUUAUUUGGAUUGCAAAUUCGGACUGACAUUGUAGCAUGACCUGGUGUUCUCGUUUUGCUGGGAAUAUUUUAAGCUUAUCGACAGACAAUGCAUCUCGGACAUUGGCUGACAUAUGAUUAGUGGACUAAAUUGAAAGUAAAAUGUAGAUAGUUUGAAAGGUUUCCAUUUUCAUUGGAAUCCUAUCAUGUACCUAUUGAUUAACAUUUUGAGUCGUGAGUCCCCAUGAGGAUCCAGAUCAUUAAUAAUUCUAAAAUUGCCUACUUCUACAUGGAGAUGGGCUUAUUGGCUGCCCACGUAUGGAUGUACACAGAUAGUCCUCUUUACAUGUUUAUGGUUGCUAUUGAUAUUGGCAUUGUUCAGAGGAUCAAUGCCACAAGGGGUAAAUUGAAACUAUAGAUACAGAAAUAGUGAGUAGUUAUACAAUAGUUGAUUUCAGACCAGUGAACCUGCAGUCGAUUUGUGCCUCUUCAACACAGCCAUUAAGUUGUCAAAGUUUGCUGCUCAGCGCCUCCACGUGGAAGAACGGUGAAAUGGGCUUAAUAUAACCCAACAGUUGUCCGCUAUUUCAAGGAAAAGCUGUACUUUUUUUUUUUUUAACACAUUAAUCAUUUGGCAGACACUAGUGCAUCACCUAGAGAACUCACUAAGCUUGGUUCAAGAAUACAACAAGUAAUAAUUCAGAAAAUAUUUGGAUUUUCUUCAAUAUAGAUAA